AUGCUGGAGAAGGGAUGGGUUCAUCUUUGCAGGGUUGAUCCUGCGUAUGAGCAAGAUGUCUGGAAGUUUGUAGAAGCAGCGUCUGCUGCUUUAGGAGAAACUGAAACGCUGGUAUGCCCAUGCAAAGACUGUAGGAAUGUAGCUCGUCAUGUACCAAGUGAUGUAGUUGAUCACCUAGUAACAAGGGGCAUGGAUGAAGCUUACAAGUUGCGGGCUGACUGGUAUCAUCAUGGAGAAGUGAACUUAGUUGCUGAGGGUGGAAGCAAUUUAAGUAAAUGGAAUGAUGAGAUAGUUGGGUUAUUUCAAGCUGCUGAAUAUUUAGAUGAUGAGCUGGCUAGAAAGGGAGAAGAAGCUGAGGGUGAAGACAGAUUAGAAGAUGAGUUUCUCUCAAAGCUGGCUGAUGCGGAAACACCACUAUAUCCAACCUGUUCAAAUCAUAACAAGCUAUCUGCAAUAGUUUCACUGUUUAGGAUUAAGACACAAAAUGGAUGGUCGGACAAAAGUUUCAAUAAUCUGCUGGAGACUUUGCCAGAUAUGCUGCCUUCGGAUAAUGUGCUUCACACUUCACUGUACGAUGUCAAGAAAUUCUUCAAGUCUUUUGACAUGGGUUAUGAGAAGAUUCAUGCUUGUUUUAAUGAUUGCUGUCUAUUCAGAAAGAAGUACAAGAAGCUUGAUAAUUGUCCUAAAUGCAACACUUCACGAUGGAAGAUAAACAUGCACACAGGUGAAGUAAAGAAAGGUGUGCCACAUAAAGUUUUAAGAUAUUUUCCUAUUAUCCCCCGUCUCAAGCGAAUGUUCCGGUCUGAAGAAACAGCAAAGGACUUACGGUGGCACUUUACAAACAAGAGCAGUGAUGGAAGAAUACGUCAUCCGGUAGAUUCUGUGACAUGGGAUCAAGUAAACGACAACUACCCUGCUUUUGCAGCUGAGGAGAGGAACAUUCGGCUUGGGCUCUCGACAGAUGGUUUUAAUCCUUUCGACAUGAAAAACACUAGAUAUAGUAGCUGUCCCGUUCUGCUUGUCAACUACAACAUGCCUCCUCACCUAUGUAUGAAGAAGGAAAACAUCAUGCUAUCCUUGUUGAUUCCUGGUCUGCAUCAGCUUGGGAAUAGCAUUGAUGUAUACUUAGAGCCUCUGAUCGAGGAUCUUCUGCUUCUCUGGAACAAGGGAGUGGUUACAUAUGAUGCCUUUAGUAAAAGUACAUUCCAACUCAAAGCAAUCCUCCUUUGGACUAUCAGUGAUUUUCCUGCGUAUGGGAAUCUUGCAGGUUGCAAAGUAAAGGGGAAAAUGGGUUGUCCGUUAUGUGGAAAACACACAGACAGUAUGUGGCUGAAGAACAGUAGAAAGCAUGUUUACAUGUGCCACAGAAAAGGUCUAGCACCGACACAUAGAUAUAGGGUUAAAAAGGCAUGGUUUGAUGGAAAAGCUGAGCAUGGGAACAAGGCUAGGAUUUUAACGGGUCAAAAUAUCUCUCAAAUACUGAGAAAUUACAAAAACGAUUUCGGAAAUGGUAAAGACAAAGUAAAGAAAAGAAAAAGGGUUGUAUCUGUUGCAUCGGACUCUGACAGCGAUGGUGUGUCCAGUGAGUCAGAGGACGAAGAAGAAGAAGAAGUAGAUGAGGACGAGUUAUCUAGAUGGAAAAAAAGAUUAAUCUUCUUCAGGUUACCUUAUUGGGAGGAACUGCCGGUAAGGCACAACUUAGACGUGAUGCAUGUGGAGAAAAAUGUUGCAGCAAGCAUCGUCGCUACAUUGUUGCAUUGUGGAAAAUCAAAAGAUGGCCUUCAUGCUAGAAAAGACUUGCAAGGGAUGUCAUUGGAGGAUUGCAAGGUAUCAGGACUAAAAUCUCAUGAUUACCAUGUCUUGAUGCAACAACUUCUUCCGGUUGCACUGCAAGGACUACUUCCAAAUGGUCCUAGGAUUGCAAUUACGAGACUUUGUGCAUUCUUCAACCUGCUGUGUCAGAGGAUUAUUGAUAGAGAGCAAAUUACAGUGAUGGAAACUGAAGUCGUGGAAACACUUUGCAUGUUUGAACGGUUCUUUCCUCCAAGCUUCUUUGACAUCAUGGUGCACUUGACAGUUCAUCUUGGAAGAGAAGCGAGACUAGGUGGACCAGUCCAUUUUCGAUGGAUGUACCCAUUUGAAAGGUAUAUGAAAGUACUUAAAGACUUUGUUCGAAAUCCUGCAAGACCAGAGGGUUGCAUUGCAGAGUCUUAUCUCGCAGAAGAGUGCAUGCAAUUCUGUAGUCAAUUUCUAAAGAAAACAACAAGUGUAGAGGACAAAAAAGAGAGAAAUACAGAUUACAAGAGCCACUCUAUACUCGAAGGCCGUCCUAUAUCCGCAGCCACAACUAUUGAGCUUACUGAAUUGGAGAAAAAAAUAGCCCAUCUUGCUGUCAUUCAGAACACUGCUCUCGUGGAUCCAUUUGUCGAUUUACUGAUUCGUUUCGACUUCUUCAUACAAGUAUGCACCUUGAACAUCUGCAAGAUAGUAAUGCAAGAUGUAGACGUGAUGCAACAUUGUUAUGGAGUACACACACUCAAAAUUCGCGUGCUGGUUAAAGGAACAGACAGACAUGAAGAAACUCUCAAGUGGCUGGCAUAUGGUCCUCGUAAUACUGCUAGGUCAUAUACUGGUUAUAUAGUGAAUGGGCAGCGGUUUCACACGACUUCAGUUCAUAGGCAAAGUCAGAAUAGUGGAGUAUUUUAUGAGGCUACAGCUAUGUGUAGAUCUAGUGCAAGAGACACUUCACAGGUCGUUGAUUUGGUAGAAUACUACGGGAGGGUCACUGACAUUAUACUAUUGGAUUACAAUGUAUUUUACGUUCCACUAUUCAAGUGUCAAUGGGCAGUUAGAGGCAACGGUGUCAAGAUAGAAGACGGAUUCACACUUGUCAACCUCAAUCAAAGCCAAGUAUCCUUUCAUAAGGAUCCAUAUAUACUAGCCUCUCAAGCCAAGCAAGUCUUAUAUUCAAAGGAAGAUGAUUCAUCUAGUUGGUAUGUAGUUCUCCGAGGUCCUACAAGGAGAUACAAUGAAGACAAUCCUGAAGACGGUAAUGUAGAAGUUGGGCCGCUUCCGUCAAGCGCUGAGAUGGACAUCGAUGACUUUAACGAUGAGGCUGCGAAUGCCCGAGCAGAUUGUGAAGGCAUAUAUAUAUAA